AUGUAUGGCCAAUUUCAAAGUUUAUUAGAAGCUUUUCAACAUCAAGUAUCAACUAGGCCCAAAGACAAAGCUCUUUUGAUCCCCAAUGGUACAAAAUAUGAUGAAAUUAAUCUUCAAGACCUCGAUAUUAUUAUCAAUAAAUACGCUUAUUAUUGGAAUAAACAAUUGGUGAAUAAAAAUUUGGAUAAAAAUAGCGUGAUUGGAUAUUUGGCGCAAAGUGGUCCUGAAUAUUUGUUUAACUCUAUGGCCUUGUGGAAACUAGACUUUCAAAUCUUAUUCCUUAGUCCUCGAAAUUCUGAAUCUGCAUUGAUUCAUUUACUUCAAGAAUCUAAAUCGCGUAUUCUUAUUUAUGAUCCUCAACUUUCAAAAAUUUCGGUGAAUGUGCAAAAUAAAAUCAAUUCUCAACAUUCACAAUCGUUGAAUAUUUUUCAAUUUCCUAAGAAUUUAAAAGAUGAAAAAAUAGACCAUUUUACCCCUGUUUUAAGAUUAGAUGAAAAUUCUUAUGAAAAAAUUAUUGCAAUUUUUCAUAGUUCCGGUUCAACGUCAUUUCCUAAAUUAGUUCAUAUCUCCAAUCGUUAUUUUUUAAAGGCAGCCGAAACAAAUAAUUUUCAUGAAAUUAUUUUAUCAACCCCUCCAUUAUUUCAUGUUUAUGGAUUCGCUGUUGCAUUAAGAUAUGUUUUAGCUCAUGGUUCGGUAUAUGCAUUUCCAAUUGUUGCAGGAUCAAUUCCUUUAGUCAAUGAAGUUUUACAUAGUUUAAAACAAUCUAAUGCUAGGAUUUUUUACACUUUAUCUGCUACCCUUGAACAAAUUUAUAAAAAUUAUCCGGAUGAAAUUAAAACAUUGUUAAAUUUAAAAUCCAUAUUUUAUGGUGGUGCAGCAUUGUUACCUCAAGUAGGCGAACAACUUGUUCAAUCUGGCUUCAAAAUUCGAAAUUCUUAUGGUUCGACCGAAACAGGUCUUCUUAUGGUAGCUCCCGAAAAUUUAUCACCUGACAUUCCAUGGGAUGCAAUGAAACCAGUGGCUCCUGAAAGUGACAUAAAAUGGAUAAAAAGAAAUGAUAUCCUUGAUGGUGCAAAAGAAUUAGCUAUAAAAAAAAGCUACCAAAGUCUUGCAUCUAUUAAAGAAAAUACAGAUAGUGAUUUCCAAGAAAG